AUGAUUUUGGUUUGGGGAAGAAUCCGGGCUUGUUGCCUGCUGGAUCAGGGCCGGUUCCUCGGUUCCGCUUCGGGGGAGCCCAGCGCUUCAGGCCGGGGGCGGGAGGGGGCGGGGGCGCUGGCCCGGAUCGCCGGAAGCGAAGGGGGGAAGGAGACCCCCGCCCAUUUCCUGUACCAGGGGAAGGCCGAGUGCCAUUUCUUCAACGGGACACGGCGGGUGCGACUACUGGAGCGGCUGUUCUACGACCAGCAGGAGUUCGUCCGCUUCGACAGCGCCCGCGGGGAGUUCGAGGCCGUCACGGCGUUCGGGAAGGGGGAUGCGGAGGCUUUCAACAGGGAUAAGCGUCUCCUGCAGGACCGGAAGGCCGAAGUGGAUUACUUCUGCCGAUACAACUACGAGGCUCUCCAGGGCAGCCCCGUGAUUGGCCGGAGAGCCAAGCCCACCGUCUCCAUCUCCCCCACCAAGCUGGAUCCCACUUCCCCUAACACCAUCCUCCUCUGCAUCGCGAGGGGCUUCUACCCCGUGGAGAUUAAGGUCCGGUGGCUGAAGAACGGGCGGCCGGAGGAGGAGGGCGUGGCCUUCGGGGAGGAGCUGCAGAACGGAGACUGGACCUACCAGCUCCAGGUGAUGCUGGAGACCCAGCCCCAGCGGGGGGACGUCUACACCUGCCAGGUGGAGCAUGCCAGCCUGGAGGCCCCGAUCACCGUCCAGUGGGAGCCCAGAUCCUCCAAUUCUGCCAGGAGCAAACUCUGGACAGGGAUCGUGGCGGCCGUGAUCGGGGUGAUCUUCUUUGCCAUGGGGCUCUCCCUCCACCUGAAGAGCAAGAAAGCAACUCCCAUCCAGCCUCCUGCAGCACUUGUGAAUUAAUUCUGCCGUCCUUCCUGAUUCCUGAUGGGAAAGGAAGUUUUUUUUUUUCAGUAGCUGAUGAAUUUCUGUCUCUUUUGCAACCUCUGAAAAAUGGAGGCUCAAGAUUUUAGAUUGGGGGGAGGAGGGAAUGGCAGCCUGGAGCUUUUCCUGCUGAGAGGCCCCUCAUCUUUCUUUCAGGGCCUCCUUUUCUUGGGAGGGAGGGGUGGAGACCAUCUAGACUGACCCCAGGGACUCUGGGCCUGCCUGCCAGUCCAGAAGCCCAAAUCUCUCCCCCCUUUGAACCCACAGCAGCUUCAUCCCCAUUACUCUUCCUACGAAUCCCUUCCCUUCCCUUUGCUAUAAAAGAAUAAAAUUUAUAUUGUAGGAAAAAUACUGGAA